AGACUUUUGACAUAUCGAAAAAUAUGGCGUAGAACGCGAUACAAACCAUUAGCGUACGCAAAACAACCGAUGAACUCAGUGCCAAUUUGUAUAUGUAAAUAGAUAAAUGCGGUUGCUGUUUAUAAACAGAAUGGAAACUUUGUCGAGAAUCGAUUUUAGAGUUUUACAAUUAAAUGUAUCAAAUCGUGAAUGAAAUGAAUGACAAGUGAACGAGAAACUGUACACACAUAGCGGUGUGCUAUUAAAAUAUGUGAAAUUGUGUGGCAUAUUGUAGAGAAAAGUAAGAGAAAAAAAGAAACGCAUAAAAAGCACAAAAGGGGCUUCCAAAUUUGUAAAUGUGUAUGCAAAAAUCUUCCAUAAAUAUGAUAUAGUAAAAAGUGUGCCCACAUUCGCAUUUAUGAAAAAUAAUAUAAAGAACAAACAGAAUAAGAGAAACAGCAUUGAGAUGAUGGACGAAAAGUUAAUAGCCGAAGUGCAACAGCAUGCCAUUAUAUACAAUCGACAGAAAAGCAGCACGAUUAACGGUGACAAAUGCAUCACAAAAGAAAUAGCCUGGCAAGAUAUUGCACGAAACCUUGGCACAGACGUGGAUACAUGUAAAAAGCGAUGGAAAUAUCUGCGAGAACGAUAUGUACAACAGAAAAAGGUCGGUGGUUCACCAGCAAGUUAUGAGCAUUUAUCGCGGCCAUAUCUAGAGAAAAUGAAAUUUUUGGACACAUUCAUUCAGUCACGAAAGUCGUAUCGUCAAGUAUCACAAUUAUUUCAGUCACCAUCGGCAUUGCAAUCGUUCGAUGGCAAUGAAUCAUCGAAAUCGAAUGGUUCAAUGAGAUUGCUGGGCGGCGGUCAUUUAAAUAACGAUUUGGAUGAUGCAUUUCCGCAGUAUUAUUUAAAUCAUCAAUUUCCACAUGCGAAUUUAGUAGUGAAAAAUGAAGAAAAUUCAGUUUCGGACAUGCAUAGAAAACCAAUCGAUUUACAGUCUAGUAAUAAUAAUAUGCCAUCAUCGUCAUCAUCAUCGAUUGCAUCACAAGAAUCACCGACCUCAUCCGCAAUGCAUAGAAAACGACGUCGCACCACCAGCACCAACAUAAGCGAACGAAAUAAUUCACAUAAUCUCAAUAAUAGCAACAGUUACAGUAUAGAACGAACACACGAUCCACACCAAAAACAAAUACUCAAUAACAAUUUAUCGGACAACGAUGAACACCAUAAUAUAAAUGAUGACGAUGACGAUGACGACGAUGAUGCUUCCGACCACCAGUCUUCUUCCAUGAACAAUGUGCCGACCGAUUUCUUGUAUCCAUUGUAUGAACAACAUACGUCACGAACACGUAAAUCAACUACCGAUCAACAUACCAAUCCGACUUCUUCCACAUUUCCAAAUCCAGUCGAUUUGUUGUACCAACAUGCUAUUGCCAGACAACUGCGGAGCUCGGAUCAAUUGCUUGGCGAACUGGUCACAUCAGAACUCACAAAAAUGCCAAAGGAUCGAAAGAAAGUUGUACAACGAAAAAUCUUAGAGGUUCUAUUCUUCGACGAUGAAUGACUUUCAACAGUUCGUGGACUAUAGCAGUUAAAUACUUUAACAAACAAUGUCAACUACUUUUGCCAAUGCUGCUUUUUCUACGCCUUUUAUCAUUAUCUUUCUUUUGAGUGAUUUUCAUUUUUAUACAUUUCAUGUACUAUAACUUCGAUAUAUUUAAUCCAUAUUAAACGCUUCUUUUGGGGUUCAUUUCUUUAUCAUUCUUUUUUAUCUAUACGUGUAGACAUUUAUAGAACAAAUCG